ACGUACUUAGACUUAGCCUGUGAGAAGUGAAGAGAAAGAGGGAAAGAGAUCAGACCCUAAAGGAAGAGGGUGGAAAGUAACACUCAGGAUUUAUCUUUUCCAUUUAUCUCUUUCCUAUCAUAUGGAUUUUACAAACUACACAACUUCCCCCAGAGCCAGACUUUGAUCAUGAGAGCGCUGAAGCUGGAUCUCCCCUGUCUACCCAAGUGAUCAGAACUUUGAGGGGCAGGCACCAGCUGUCUUUAAUGGUAAAGUAUUUAUUCCUGCUCCCCAGCCCACUGGAUCUCUUUAUCUCCCCUCCACAGGGAGCUGCGUGAAGGAGGAGAGGAGAGAGAUGCAUGUGGUGUGGCUCAGGCAGCCUGCCUCCUGGCUGCUGGUCCUGUGGGCUGCUGCUCCCUUCUGCAUCCUGGCUGAUUUCACCUUGGACAAUGAGGUGCACUCGAGUUUCAUCCACAGGAGGCUGCGAAGCCAGGAGCGCCGGGAGAUUCAGCGGGAGAUCCUCUCCAUCCUGGGUUUGCCCCACCGGCCCCGGCCCCAUCUGCACGGCAAGCAGAACUCUGCCCCCAUGUUCAUGCUGGAUCUCUACAAUGCCAUGUCGGUGGAGGAGGAGACGGCAGGAGCCGCAGGGGAGGAGGGAGAGGGAUUCUCCUACCCUUACAAGCCCAUCUUCAGCACCCAGGGGCCACCCCUGGCCAGCCUACAGGACAGCAACUUCCUCACCGAGGCAGACAUGGUUAUGAGCUUCGUGAAUCUGGUGGAGCAUGACAGAGAGUUCCAUCAUCAACGCUAUCACCAUCGGGAGUUCAGGUUUGAUCUCUCCAGAAUCCCAGAGGGGGAAGCAGUGACUGCUGCCGAGUUCAGGAUAUAUAAGGAUUACAUCCGAGAACGGUUUGAUAAUGAAACAUUCCAGAUAAGUGUCUACCAGGUAUUGCAGGAGCACCCAGGAAGGGAUUCAGAUUUGUUCCUACUUGACACUCGAAUAAUCUGGGCUGCAGAGGAAGGUUGGCUGGUGUUUGAUAUUACAGCAACCAGUAAUCACUGGGUGGUAAACCCACAACACAAUCUCGGCCUGCAGCUAUCAGUUGAGAGUAUAGAUGGUCAAAGCAUCAAUCCCAAACUGGCUGGUCUUAUUGGAAGACAUGGCCCACAAAAUAAGCAGCCUUUCACGGUAGCAUUCUUCAAAGCCACAGAAGUGCAUCUCCGCAGUAUUCGUUCCACGGGAGGCAAACAAAGGAGCCAGAAUCGAUCGAAAACACCAAAAAACCAGGAAGCCUUUCGGGUGUCUAACAUUGCAGAAAACAGCAGCAGUGAUCAGCGGCAAGCCUGCAAGAAACACGAACUUUAUGUCAGUUUCAGAGAUCUUGGCUGGCAGGACUGGAUAAUUGCUCCAGAAGGCUAUGCUGCAUAUUACUGUGAAGGAGAAUGUGCCUUCCCAUUGAACUCCUACAUGAAUGCUACAAACCAUGCUAUUGUACAGACACUGCUUUGCCUGCAAUUGGAAGAGACACUUUUGGAUGGAAGAAAGCCAGAAAUACUCUGCUUUUGAGUCAGCGAUUUGCAUCCACAGUAUGUUCGUCCAACUACUUCUAUUGACAACUUCCAUUGUUGCCAUGGACACUUUAGUCUCUCUAUAUUAGCUAUUCCUCUUGGAGAGAAAGUCAGCCCAAUUAAGCAGAAAGAAGCCUGUUUGAAGUUUUUAUUUAUCAGGUAAUGACUGACAAGAGCUUGAGGCAACAACUAUGGGAACUUAACACUAUGGCCAUUCAUUACCAGGGUACAAAGAGAACCACAAGUGGGUCAUGAUGAUUGCUUUAAGAGUUGAGUUUUAUUUAAAGAAAAAAAAAAUAAAACUUAACUACUGCUAAAAAAUGUGUGCUAUUUCCACUCCCCUACUCUACUUAUGCUCGUCAGCUGACACCUAAAUAACCUCAGAGAUUUUAAAGAAUAGAACAUGAAGGUUUAUUUCAAUACACACAUUAUCUUAUGUUCUGUCAUUUGCAUUCCUUUAUUUGUUGCUGGGUCUCUUAUUUGCUGACAGUAAGUGUGAGGUGGUUUAGAAUU